UCGAUUGUGGGUUGAGGGGAGUGUUAGGUAGACGACGUUCGUAUUUGCGUAAAUGUAAUUAAAUUGUUUUUAUUCAGAGAAGAUAUGAUAAAUAACUAAAAACAUUAAAUAAUAUUCGGAAUACGCGUUUAGGUACAAUAAUUGUUGUCAGUGAUUGUUUAUGUUCGUUUAAAAUACAACGCGUUGCAUGUUAUCCCGUUUUUGUUGUACUGAUUAUAGAGAUUACAUUCCUUUUUGUUUUAACUCUGGUCCUUGACAUGGUGUUUUUUUAAAUUAUUGUCUUUGAAACGUGUUACACGAUCAACAUGAAUAGGUAGACCAACAAUCAAUAUCAUGGGUGGUUCGGUGAGCCAAGUUUUUCAAUCUGGCAGUGCACUAUUGAGCAAUGGUCAUGGUCAUAAAGUAACUGAUUCAACUAGACAAAAAGUUCAAACAAUUUUUGACGCCCUGACAGCAAAUCCGAAAAUUGGAGUUCAAAGACUAGAGGGGUUAUUGCUACAAAUUCCAAAAAAUGAAAAUAUACUAGCAAUUCAUGAUGAGGCUGGUUACAACCUAUUACAAAAAUGUGUAGGUGCCAACAACGUGGAAUUGGUCCGUUGGUUACUAGCUAGACACACUGCUGCUGAUGUCAACAGGUUUCCCUGCAGUUUGCCACUUCAUAUAGCUUGCAUGAAAGGUCACGAUGAAUGUGUUGAUCUACUUCUCAAACACGGUGCCAAGAUCGACGUGGAGGCGCGAAUGUGUUGGCCUGGACCCCACAGCAGCAACUGCGAAGAAAGAGGAAAAUAUGCACAAACUAUACAGCAAGAAGAAACGUGCAUCGAAAGGGACAACAGAGAUACAAGACCUUUGAGCAAACUGCAGUCGGCGAUAUACUAUGCAUUGGACGGUGAUCAAGUCAACAUUUUAGUGAUGCUGAUACAAAAAAGUGAAGAUCCCUGGAAUUCAAUGUUCAGAGGAAAGAAACCCUUAUUAUUACACGCUGCAUGCGAACGUAGAGCAUGGAGCUGUACCAGAUUUCUCACCAAUGUCAGGUCAGAAGAAAUACACAUUCUGAAAGAUGAGUAUUAUCCCAUCCAUUACGCCGCUUCCAAUGACCUAAAGUUUUUAGAACUUCUAAUAUCGGCUGGGGCUAACACUACCGUACGAACCACAACUCAGCAAAUGACAUUAUUACACGUCGUUUUAUUAGUGGCGCACAAAUCCGCCGAAGACACAAUAGCCACCGUCCGACUCUUGCUGGAACAUGGCUGCAAGGAACUCAUCAAUACUCCAGAUAGUUUAGGAAACACGCCCUUGCACGCUUUGAUAGUCCGCUACGCGCUAGAAGAAGCACAAUACGGUUACGACAAAUGGAACAAGUGGGAUAUACUGCAUUUGGUGCGGUAUCUCAUCCAGGCCGGUGCCAGACAGUCGAUAAAUCACACAGGGAACUCGGCGGUUGCCUGUGUUCUUAGGCACGUGCGAGAUUGGGACGUUUGUUAUGAGCUACUGAACAUGUUGCUGCAGGAAGGGGGUAAUCCUAACGAAGUCGGCCGUGAUGGAUCAGUUCCAUUGAUGGUUUGUUUGGUACCUUUAAUAAAUAAAGACCCUCUUCACCAUUUUACCCAUAACAUGAAGGUGUGUUACUUGAACUGCAUAAGACUCCUGCUAAAACAAGGCGCCAAUCCAAAUUGCAGUUACCGCGCCAAUCUCACACCUUUACAUGUUCUAGUGUUUACAGUGUCCGAAAACAUAACCCUCAUUUGUGAUGUGCAAAAGCAGACAAACUUUGAAUUUAUCAAGAAUCUCCUCAUAUUAUUGCUGACCUACGGACUCGACCCCAACGUACGGGUCAGCACUCGCACUCAACACAUCCUCCAAUCUUGUAUGGACAUGAUUCAGAACGUCCGUGAUUGCAAGGACAUCCAGUAUGUGUAUGACUUAACCCUAACCUUAAUUCAGUACGGAGCUAAUCCAGAUUUACUGCUCAGUAUGUCUGAAGCAAUAAAAAACCAUUCUCUUCACUCCCAAAGCAUUUGGAAAACAAAGAACUACAUCUUGUAUUACUAUAUCAUGUUAAUAUCGCGCAAGGAAAACUUAAUGACCGAUCCAAACAUGUUGUUUUCAAAAAUAAUUAUGCUGUUUUAUCUGGUGAUGCAGCACAAACCGUUGUUCGAGUGCUUGAAGAUUUUGCAUACACAGCAGCUGAGUUUGGUGCCUGGUAAAAUGACCGAGCCCUUAACUUGUAUUAUAAGAGACUUGUAUAAUAGGCCUCGAUCAUUAAAACAGAUUUGUAGAGUGAGGAUACACAAUUGUCUGGAUCGACGUCCAGGACUCUACAUAAACAAGUUGAAUUUACCCAACCAACUGAAAGAUUACCUGUUAAACUUUGAUCCGUAAAAUAUGAUCUUUGUUCAGUAAAAGGGGAUGUUGGCAUUGUACUUUUGGAGAUACCGUGCUGGCAACUGUUACUUUUGGGUCGGCAUUUACAUGUGUGGAAGUAAAUCGCAUAGGGAUCUUAUUUGUCGGAGUGAGAGAGAUGUGUCGGAGUGAGAGAAAUGCAACCGACCGACGCGACGCGCGACGGUGUGCUGUUGCGGCGUUGCCGAUACGCCUUU